CUAACCACUAAGCCACCGUACCCCCAAAAUGAUGUUCAUAAAAUAUGUAAAUAUGUACUGAAGGGGUCAGUAUAGAAUUUAUUUAACAGUUAAAUGUGUCUCGGAUAGGCCUACAAACAUUUGUGAACGCAUUCUUUAGAUAAUAAAAUCAAAAUUUUAUUUUCUUUCUUUCUUUCUUUCUUUCUUUCUUUCUUUCUUUUCUGUAGUCUAAAAUCGAACUCCAAAACCCAUGAACCCUUGCAGUGACGUAAGCGUUGAAGUUGAUCACAUGACUAUCACAUGACUAUCAUAUGACUUUCACAUGACUGGCUGCACAGUCAAACACGGCAGUGCGAGUUCCUUUCGUGCUGCUGGAUCAUUUAAUAAACAGGGGGGAGAAAUAAAUGUAUGGGAUGCAUUACUUCCGGAAUAAAUGAGAGGACGCUUCAGGACAUUCGUGCAGUUUAUGUGUGAUGGGUCACAGUGUGUAAUCAUGUAAUCAUGGAGUGUGUGAUUGUCGGAUUUGCGCUGUUCUCUGUGUGCCAGGCUGCAGCUCUGCCCAACUUCGUGCUGCUGUUUGCGGAUGAUUUGGGUUAUGGAGAUUUGGGUUUCUCGGGUCAUCCCACAUCCCUCACACCGAAUCUGGACCGACUGGCGGCUGACGGGCUCCGGUUCACCGACUUCUACUCCACCAGCCCUGUGUGCAGCCCGUCCAGAGCGUCUUUGUUGACGGGCCGUUAUCAGACACGCUCUGGCAUCUACCCCGGUGUGCUGUACCCGGGAUCAAUAGGUGGGCUUCCCCUCAAUGAGACCACCAUUGCAGAAGUACUGAAGCCACUAGGCUAUGCCACGGCCAUGAUGGGGAAAUGGCACUUGGGUUACGGGGCUAAUGGUACUUACCUGCCUACACGACAAGGCUUUGACCACUACCUUGGCAUCCCAUACUCUCAUGACAUGGGUCCUUGUCACAAUCUGACCUGCUUCCCUCCAGAUGUGAAGUGUUAUGGCUACUGUGAUGUCGGUACAGUAACCGUGCCUCUGAUGAACGGGGAAACCAUUACACAGCAGCCUGUAGAUUUCGUUCGUCUGGAAGACGCCUACAGUAAUUUUGCCACGGAGUUUAUUCGCAGCGCAACUCAGAAACGUCGACCUUUCUUUCUCUAUUAUCCUUCUCAUCACACUCACUACCCACAGUUUGCAGGGUGGAAAUCUGUGGGCCGAUCUCUCAGGGGGCCGUUUGGAGACGCGCUGCUGGAGUUCGACUCCACUGUAGGAAACAUCCUGCAAACGCUGAAGGAAACAGGCGUCCUUAACAACACCCUCGUCUUCUUCACAUCUGACAAUGGGCCAGAGCUUAUGCGAAUGUCUCGUGGAGGAAAUUCCGGGUUGUUGAAGUGUGGUAAAGGCACUACAUAUGAAGGAGGAAUGAGAGAACCUGCUAUUGCAUACUGGUCUGGAGUCAUCAAACCUGGUGUCACUCGUAGUCUAUCCAGUACUCUGGACAUCCUGCCUACCAUUGCCAGAUUGGCUGGAGCUCCAUUACCCAAGGUUCAGCUGGAUGGUGUGGACAUGAUUGAUAUAUUGUUCAACCAUGGAGCAGGUCAAAGGAAGGCCAUGUUUUACUACCCAGUUGACCCCAGUGAGAAGUAUGGAGUGUUUGCAGUGAGAAUGGGAAACUAUAAAGCUCAUUAUUACACCAUGGGAGCGGCACACAGUGAAACAACUCCAGAUCAGGACUGUCAUGUAAUCUCCCGACUGAAGUAUCACGACCCUCCUCUGCUGUUUGACCUGGAGUCUGACCCAUCUGAAAACUACAACCUGAGCGUGAAUGAUCAUCCCGAGCUGGCCAGCGUUCUGCAGAACAUCAAGGACCUCAAGGACAGGUUUGAGGCCUCGAUGCAAUUUGGAGAAAGUGAGAUCGGGAAAGGAACUGAUCCUAAGCUGGCGCCCUGCUGUAACCCAGAGUGCUCUCCCAAACCAGAAUGCUGCCACUGUGGGACUACAAACUGAGCAGUUCGUUAAUAAAUAUCACAGCUUUUUUUCUUUAAAAGGGAAAACAGGCCAGAGACAAUAUAACGUAUUAAAAUCAGUCACUGCCACUCACACAUCUGCUGUGUUUGAUCAGAAGUGAGACUAAAUGCCUAUAAAACAGUGUUAAAUGUGUAUUAUAAUUAACAUCCCUUUUGCUCAAACACUGGAUCUGACAUAUUUCAAAAGGGUGGAUGCAGUUCUGUUACAGUAGUCGGAUUUCUAUCGCUUCAAGAAUCGUUUUCUGUUUUCUGCUUUGAUUCAAAUGAAUGAUACGAAUCAUGAAUGAUUUGUUUCAUUAUAUGGUUUAAUAUUCUGCCUGUUUUUUUAUUAUUAUUAUUUUGCACACCCCUAAUCUGACACUUUUGUCAUUUUUAUACGUUGCAUUGAAGUGAAUUAAAAUCUUUUUUAAAAAAAAAAAAACAACAAAGUGUGUGUACCUUAAAAUAACAAUGCUGAACUGUCUUUAAAAAGUGCUUAAAAUAAUUGAUUAAUUCUGAAUAUAUAUAUUUUUUUAAACUAUAAACGUUUUAAAUACUAGGUCUAAACCGAGUGUUGCCAGGUUGUUAAGAAAAGUUUAUUGAUUCACAUGAAUAUAUCUGUACUCCAAAAUAAUGUCCACACACACCGACAGAAUGACAGCAACACGCUGAUGACAUCAAGCAUAUAGUGUUUUAUUCUUAAGACCAAAUCCAUGACAAGGCAGGGAAUUUUAUUUUAUUUUUUUUUCCAUUUUGGUUUUUACAAGAUUUUUAAAGAUACAAGAUAGCUAGUAUGUCAUACUGUUGCUGUUCGUCUUGAUAUACAGUAAAGGCCUGCAUUAUGUAAUUACAGUCCAGAGAUUUGCAGUUAUUGUAGUCAUUCAGCUAUCCAAGCUUACAUACUCCAGGAGUUGCUCUGCUUCAAGACAUAAAGAGGUUUAAUGACCAAUCAGUGAUUGUAAAAUGCUAAGAUGUAGACAAAACAUUCUGAGAAAUCCAUUUACUUUCUGGACAAACAUUAAUGAAGUAACGUCUUGAUGAAAAACAGUCGGAUUCGGAGUCCUGAUGAGUGUCCUGAUCCAUGUCUGGGAGAAGUCGGACGGAACGAUCGGACUGAUGAUGCUAAUGCUAGCAUAAAAACGUGGGAGUUGGUAGGAAAGACAUACACAGCUGAUUGACAGGCGUCUGUUAUUCAGCACAAUGUGACAACAUUCAACCACGGGAUAUACGUCAAUGUGAAGCAGCUGAAACGAAAUAUCAAACGCUAACGGAAAUCAAUUUACAGUUUUUAACCCCUUUUUAGUCGUGAUAGGUUAUCAUUUUCAGCAUUAUUAUUUGUUUCAAAUUUACAUAUUUAUUUCAGUAACACUCAAUAGAAAGGACACAGCAUGGUCAUCUCAACUAGAAUAUUUACAGCAAUCUAACUGACACCAAAUCACGUUCAUAGUCUUAAGACCGCAGCUCUUUCCUACAUGUGCCUUCAGCACAAACGGUCAAGUGACGAUGGAAUCGCAGGCUGCUUGUAUAUGGUCGUGUGUCUGUGUGUGUGUAUGUGUGAUGCAUUGAGCAAGAGGUGAAGUGAGUAGACCCAGUGAGUUCAUCUACAACUGCAAUUAGGACCAGUCUAAAAGUUACACUGCUAUGAUCUACUGACACCGGGAUGAUGAAACCAGCCUGCAGGAGCCAAGAAUCAAGUCGUCUGUUAUAAGAAUAUGACAUUCAUAAGCAUCAGCACACCAAGAAGCAGAUUUUGAAUCUAAUUGUAGGCCUAUUGGUAUUUUAAUCGCCAUUUGGUCUAUACGUUAUUUAGUUUCAAGCUGUCCAUACAAUGCUGGGAGAAUUUCACUGUGGCAGAUUAUAACAGAAAAAAAAUCAGGUGUACUAUAUCUAACCUUUAACCCUUCUAUUACUAUUUCCAUUGUAUCAAAUUGCUUUUACCAUUUUAUCAAAUUAUUUCAGAUGGUAAUUCUAAUCAUACAGGACAUAAACCAUACAAGGCCAGGAGGGGGCGCGCUACUGUGUACAGUCUAGAGCCAUGAAGUAGUGAAGGUUAGCGAAAGGGCUAGAGAUAAAUACAAAAACCAACAUGUUCACUGUUUCUGUUACUUGUGACUUACAGGAUAGCAAAGUAGAAAGAUGAAAUUACAUUUCCAGUCAGUACUGUGUGGUUAUAUUUGCCUUUUAAUGGCAUAUACACUGGCAGUCAAAUGAUUUUGAACACUAGAGCUAAAUGUAUACGAGCACUUAUUAACUUAUUAACCCUCAGAUCCUAAUAGGAUUCUAAAUGAGUGCUUUAUUAAAAUCAUGGUGAACAAAAUAAAUCUAUAAUUAAAAAUACUCAGGAAGUGCUUGCGUGUAUCAACUGUAACUGUAAAAAUAUAUGCUGGCUGGGACAAGUGGCAAAAAAAAAAACUCUGGCUAUUCCAAUCAUAUCUACAUUCUUUCCAAUGCAGUACAAAAUUACAAUUUUUUUUUCCAAUUCACUUUUAACUGUUCUUUACUAAGUUGUGUCCAAAUUUUCAAUAAUCAGCCGAUUGCUUGUUUACCCAAAAAUAAAGCACUCCAAAUGUGGAGUGCUCAAAAACUAUUGACUGACAGAGUACAAUCAUUUCACUUCAUGAUUAGUCACUUGUUCUAUAUGGCCAAGCAGGGGAAACAGUGUAUAAGGUUAUAAAACCACCGUUUAAAAAAUGAUACUAAAAUGAUUUUCAUGUAACGAUUUAUUUGUUGUUUAACACUAUCUUUGAUAUCCUUAUUUAGACCAGCUGUAGAUUUGAAGUAGGCCUUUUCCUAAGUCAUCUGGUCAAUUUGACUAUUCACUAAGUAAUCUGGCUGAUGACUGCAGUGCGCCAGUAGCUGGCCGUAGAUUUACCUGUUAGCCUUCAAUGAACGAAGAGAGUGACUAAAUAGACUCCACAUCAUAAAGCGUUAAAGCACAGACUGAGAAUUAUACAAGAUGGCCAACAAAGAGUCGCGAGAAAGAGUCAUUGGUAAUAGGAGGCUAUAGCAGAGCUUGAGUAAUUUAGUAAGAGGUUAGUAAUUUACAGGACCGUGCAUGGCCAUUGCUACCUGGCUCUCCAUUCUCAGGCUAACAAACAUGGCCUUCCUGGCCACCUGCAAUCCUUUUCAUUCUUCCACUUGCUGAUGGAGGUGCUACUUACAUACAGUGAUGUAACGAACGUCUGUAGUAGUCACCUACUGUUUUCUAAAUAUACAGUAUUUACAUGAUGGUAUAAUAAGAACGCACAAGGAAC